AUGGCCAUCAAGGUACCCGAGAUCCCCGAGCAGUACAGAGCUGUGGUGUACGAUAGCCCUGGCUCUAUCUCCACCAAGAUUGUGACAUUGGACACGCCGGAGCCUGGGCCAGGUGAAGUACUGAUAAACAUGACGCAUUCUGGUGUCUGCCACUCGGACUUGGCCGUCAUGACCAAUGGUUGGACAUCGCUCCCUGCUCCAACACCCGACGGGCAGGUCGGCGGCCAUGAGGGUGUCGGCAAAGUCGUCAAGCUGGGACCAGGAGUGGAGUCUACAGGCAUCAAGAUCGGAGAUCGUGUUGGCAUCAAAUGGAUCGCCAGCUGUUGUGGAAGAUGCGAACCUUGUAUUGUUCGCGAAGAUGGUCUCUGCUUCAAUCAACAGAUCUCGGGCUACUUCACCCCAGGCACCUUUCAACAAUACGUACUCGGGACAGCUGCAUGUGUGACGCCUAUUCCGGAAGCACUAGACUCGGCUAUAGCUGCUCCGAUGCUCUGCGCUGGUGUGACGGUAUAUGCUGCACUGCUUCGCAGUCAGGCAAAGGCUGGCAACUGGGUUGUCAUCGCUGGAGCGGGAGGCGGACUAGGCCAUCUAGCCUGUCAGCUCGGAUCUAGAGCUCUAGGCCUGCGAAUAAUCGGAGUCGAUGACAGCAGCAAGGCUGGUAUCGUGUAUAGUUCUGGCGCAGAGCACUUUGUCGAUGUAAGGGGUUUCUCGAGCGACGAGGAGAUGACGGCGAAGAUCAAGAGUUUAACCGGUGGCCUUGGAGCUCACGCAGUGAUUGUGUGCACGGCAUCUCCGAGAGCUUAUGCACAGUCUAUGAGUUUCUUGCGGUUCAAUGGAACUGUGGUUUGCGUUGGAAUGGUCGAGGGCGAUGAAGUGCCGAUCGCGGGAGCUAAGCCGGUGCAGAUGAUCGCACAGCAGUUACGAGUUGUGGGAUCUGCAGUUGGGAAUCAGCAGCAUGCAAUUGAAGUGCUUGACUUUGCUGCUCGUGGUAUUAUCAAGCCACACGUGGAGGUGCGCAAGAUGGAAGACUUGACUGGCGUAUUUGAAGAUAUGAAACAAGGAAAACUUCAUGGAAGGGUUGUCAUUGAUCUGGCUUAAUUAACUGAGUUGCGUCAUCUUAGGCCUAUAUGUAUCUUCACUAGAUCAAGUACUGAUAUCAAAGUUCUCAUCAAGUCUGUA